AUGUCUGAGGAGGGUAUACUGAAGCUGACCGUGAAGUCUCUAUCCAACCUGUCAGAUUCUUUCGAGGUUGAGAUAUCAGAAGACGAGACUGUGGAGUCACUUGUUGUAUGCAUCUUCUCCGUUCGGCCAGAUCUGGGCGAGGAGCUGCGGAUCGUGCACAGACAGCGCAUUCUCAAGACAGAGACUGUGCUCAAAGAUGCAGGAGUUCUCUCGGGUGAUUUAGUGGUGGCCGCAAGAGCGGCGAAAGCCGCAUGGCCCCCGGCGCCAGCAGCAGACGCGGCGAAGCAGGCCGAGGUUCCAGCGGCGUCUGCAGACGAGGCCAAGCCAGGGGCCGCACCAGCGGCGGAACCGCCGAAGGAUGCGAAGGCAGUCGAGGCCCCCACGCCCCCAGCAGAGGAGGUGAAGCCAGCGGCAGCCCCAGAGCAGGCGGAGCCAGAAGCAGCCCUGGCGACGCCCACGGCUGAGGUGCAGCCUGCUGAGGCCCCACUGCCAGCAGCGGACGAAGCGACGCCCGCUGAGGCUCUGGCAACAGCCGCGGAGGAGGCGAAGCUGGAGGUUUCACUUGCAGCGCCCACCACCGAGGCGACGCCGGCUGAUGCUGCAGAGGAGGCGAAGCAGGCUAAGCAGGCCCAGGACGCGGACGCUGCUGGGAUGGCCGCGCUCCCCGAGGAGGGCCCGCCCUCGGCCUCCAUCCUGGAGCUGGCUCGGAGGCUCGAGGCUGGCCUGGGAGACGCGCACCCAGGAGAGGUCGCGGCCGCCCUGCGCCGCGCGGCGGCGCGCGUGGAAGCCCUCGAGGGCAGCCUGAGCGAGUUCGGCCGCGCGCUGCAGCUCACGCACAUGCUCUCCGGGCAGGUCCUCCAGGGCUUCGGCGGCCUGUCCGGAGACGCCGGCCAGGCGCGUCCGCCGGGAGGCGGCGGCGGGCGCGAGGAGGAGGCCCCCCGGUCCUUCCUCGUCAAGAAGGGCGACGCCGAGCUGCAAGAGCAGCACCGCCAGGCCGCCGCCGUGCGCCCGUCGGGCCUCAGUCGCCAGACGUCCGGGGGGAGCUCCGGCGGCGGCGCCCUCUCGACCGCCGGCACGCCCAUGACGAAGGAGGAGAUGGACAGGGCGCGGAAGGCGCGCCUCGAGAUGCUGGAGGCACAGCAGGCGGAGAAGAAGCGGGAGAAGGAGGAGGGCGAGUCGAAGUCGCGCGCCAGGGAGGCGAUGUUCAAUCCGCUGCCGCCCGGUCCCUCGAAGCCGCUGGGCAAGUUCUGA